UGAAACCCUAGCCUAAUCGAAGGUCCAGUCAAUAUGGAUAUUGGAUUUUCAUCGUACCACAAUGGUGGUCCUGCGAGGGAACUAGAUUUUGGUAGGCUUUCGCAAACAAUUGGCACAUCGAUUCUCAAGAUAUCUCAAAAUGUAUCUUCCAUGCAAAAGAUGGUCAAUCAAUUGGGAGGUUCCACAGACUCUCAGGAACUUCGGAACCAGUUACACCAAAUACAACAUUACACACAGCAGUUGGCAAAAGACACUAGUGUACAUCUUCGGGAAUUAGCUAUAUUAGCUAACAAUUCAGGAGCAACCAGUCCUGGCGAGCAAAGACAACGUAAAAUGCAAAGGGAGCGUCUCCAAGAUGAGUUCACAAGUGCAUUAAAUUCUUUCCAAGCAGUACAAAGGCUUGCAGCUUCCAAGGAGAAGGAAAUGGUUAAAAAGGCAAAAGAAAAUUCGGGUAUUACACCAUUUGGAGAGAAGAAACAGGAGACAUUGAUAGAAUUGCAAGAUAGUAGAACUCAGAAGCAAAUACAACAGCAGCAGAUGAAAGAAGAACAAAAUUUGCGAAUGCUGGAAGAACAGGAAGCGAGCAUAAGGCAAUUGGAGAGUAAUAUCAGCGAUAUUAAUCAAAUCUUCAAAGACCUUGGUACUUUAGUUUACGAUCAAGGAGAAGUGAUUGACUCUAUAGAAGCUUCAGUUGAAAGAACAGUGGUAUCCGUCAACGAUGCUACAUCGCAUGUAAGGCAAGCAAGCAUGUACCAGAAUAAACUGCGCAAGAAAAAAUGUAUACUCGUUGUCAUUGGAGUAGUCGUACUCUCUAUAUUAAUCGGAAUUAUAGUUUGGCAGAGUUCUUAAAUUUGUUCAUACUGAGACCGAUAAAGUUGUGCGGUAGUUGAUGUUAAUUGCGUAGCUGUAUCGUAACUGCAAGGAACCAUGCAUUCGUGUACUUUCGAAAAUGGCCCUCGAUUGAUUUACAGUUGCUUUAAAAUUAAACGGAACAUUGCAUAGUACUAUCAAGGAGAAUGAACGCAAAGAAACUUGCAUCGUUCUGUAUCUUACUGAUAACAUUCUUGUAA